CAGCUGAUUAGACCACCAUAAUGUGAAUUACUUGAUGGACGACAGACGACGUCAUAGAUGGUCUCGUAUCAGGCUUGUAUGUACCCGUUAUUGUAAUUAAACUGUAGUCGGUCUGUAAACGACGCAUAAGUGUAUUUUUUUUAUAAAGUCCUGUUUACUACAAAGUCGUGUGUCGUUAUACAGGUGCGCCCAUGUCUUCGCAUACAUGUUUACAUGUGUGUCCUGCAGCAUGCUUCAGUAUUCCUAUACAACAGCUGGCCGACCACUACUUUAAUGUCAUUUUAUAUAUAUAUCACAUUUCCGUAUGUGGUUUGUUAUUGAUCGGCGAUACGCCUCGGGACACUUACCGACUACCAACCCUGUAAUAAACAGACGUAUUUGCUUUAAACAUCUACACACAGGAGUAGCCAUGGCAUCCUAUUGUUAUCACACUACCUCUUACAGUUCCGUGUACGGCACUGUGAGGUAUAAGGGUGAGUCGUUCUACUGUAAUGAGGGAUGUUGUGGAGGGUACUCUGGCUACUACUACUGCUGUCCUGCACACUACGUCGAUUACUACGGCUAUUCAGAGUAUGUAUCCAAUGCUACCGGGGGGAUCGUAGCCGGUAUAGUGAUCGGCAGUCUGGUCGGCGUAGGGCUAUUCGUAGCCUUUAUUGUUUUCAUAUGUGUGUACUGUGUGAACGCCAACCGACGCUCUAUGCCCGGACAGGUUAUAGGGACACAGGCGACCGGACAACAAAUCGCAUACGUCAACACACGUGAGUACAAAGUGGAUCACGUCUUCAGACAAACCUAACCGUCAACAUAGCUAUACUUGAAU